AUGUAUAGCAGAGAUGAAUAUGGAUUAGAUGUCAUUUCUAGAAAUCUAAAACUUCUCCCUUUGCAGAAAGGAAGUGAGAAAGUCAGAUAUAGGUUAGAGAUUAUGGAUUAUUGUAUCCCAGGAUGGUCUUCUUUAAAUCCUGGCCAGAAGAUAUUUUUAAUUGAAGAAGAACUAUCAAGCCGCCGUAAUUCAGCUGAAAAAAGAAUUUACAUUCAAUUUCAGUCUUAUAUUGCAAAUUUUGGAACUCAUUUUAGGAAUUGGCAGAAUAAGGAUUAUGACGCUGCCAUAGAAGAACUGCUAUCCUACAUAGACAAUGAGAAAGUGUCACAGUUUGUAAAUCCUCCCCAGAAAGGAAAUGGGUCAUGGGUGCAUUGGUUUAAUAGGUUCCUGCCUUAUGUACUGUAUACGCCUUAUUCCUGGGAGGACGUAGAAACAGAGUUUAUAAAGAACUACAAUGCUUAUCCACAAGAAUUUUUACAGACUUGGAAAUUUAAAAAUAAGAACAAGGAUGAUGCUCUGAAGCGUUUAUAUUUGGAUUGCAUACGAAUAGAUGAGCUUGCUAAAAAGAAGAAAGAUAAUGCAAAAAAUAAGAAACAGAAUGCAAAAUCAUUUGAGAAUAAUCAUAAACCACAGAUGUUUUGUAAGAAGUGUAGUCUAGCAGGAAAUUAUUACUGA